GAAGGUGCGCUACUACAGCUCAUUAAUGACAUCCAUGACACAACACGAAAGAUCGCAUCAAACUCGUGGUUUUACGCUACGAGUGAUGAACAGGAUAGUGUUUCUGAACGAAGAAAUUGGACGGAGCGAAUUAGCGAAGCUCUUUCCUAUCUUACAACUCGAAUGAGCAGAGAGGAAGAGGCAGAAUUACGAGAAAGUCGGGCUCUCCCUAAACUUAUACAACGGGCUGUAAUACAGAAGUCCUCUUUCCAAGAUGGGACUGUUGCAAAUCUUGCUUCGGCAGUUGAAAGUUUUACACCUAGCGUAGUUCAUAUGGAAGACGACUUCACAGAGGAACAACAGGAGUGCGCGAACAAAAAGACUAAGUGCAAGCGUUCUCGAAUUUAUAGUGGUGCCGCAUCUGUCAACUAUGCGGAUGACGCAAGUGACUCCGCUUGUCUUGAAAAUGAUAAUUAUGCCGAUAUUGAAGAAGAAAUCCAGUCCACAGCCGCAAAAGGUCCAAACGAUGCCAACCAUUCAGAGGAAGCGGAGCCAUCCGGAGCCAAAAAUAAACUUUUACCGGAUCAUAUGGACGAACCUCCAAAGAAACAAAAAAAGAUCAAGUUGGAACAGGAUGUAAAAAUUGAAGAAACUGAACAAGAAUACUUCACGAAGUCAACGCAGCAUAAUAGUGUCGCUCUAAAGGAUCGUUUCAAAAUCGCGGACCCUAAAACACUUGUUCGCAGUGAAGACGUGAUAUUUGCUCGUCGAAAACCCUUUGCUCGCCGACUUAUCACGGAAUACAAGUUCGAAAACUUCAUUAAACCUGGGCUGCUUCAUAAAGGUCGGUAUCCUCGAUUGUACUAUGAAUCUGGAGAUCAAGACAAUAGAGCGGAUAGUGUUUUUAUCGGGAUUCUUAGAAAGUCGACUGAUAUGGAUAAAAAGUGCAACAAGGGAUCUGACAGUUGUGCUACCGAAGUGGACGUCUAUGAUGAGUGGCUGGCUACUUUUGGAGGAUUCCGCGUCCUUUUCGAAGAAGAAAAUGUUCAAGAUGACGGUGAUGGGGAAGACAACGGUCCGGAAUUCCAAGGACGUGGUCUCUCCGAUAUUGAGAUGGAAGGCACACAGUGUCAUGACAGCAGCCACUGCGGUUUUGACGAUUCUUCUGCUUCCUUCUUCUCAAACGGGAUAAGCACAAGACGUGAUCGUUUCAACGAUAUCCGUCCAGAUGAGUACAAAGCAAUAGGAAUUGAUGUUAAGAAUAUUGUGCCUAACAAAGACUUUUACUCCAUGACAAAAGAAGAGCGUGCCGCCGCAGUUGCUGCCGAGUUUGAAGCCAUUGAUGCACUAGGACCCAAGAAGGAGGACGGUUAUGUUAUAAAUUAUGGACUUCUCGUGCCGUGUAAGUUCCUAUCAUCUGAACACUGCAAGGAUGAAGCGUGUGAUGAAGUCAAUCUUGUCCAAUCCUCUGGUUAG